AUGGACAGCGUGGGUCGCUGGAUCCCCGUAUUGCUCGUUUUCGGGCGUCUGUUGAAGCUGGCCCGGUAUCUUCCCGCCUGUCUGGUCCCCGCUGGCGAAUUCCUCCACUUGUGGACUUUGUCUGAACGGCGGGUAGGCGAGAUCCUGGGCUCGAAGAACAACGGCACGAUGGGAGAUCGGAAGACGUUGCUUCAGGCGAUGGCCACCGCCGACGUACCGGAGCAGGAGAAAACGGCCACGCGACUGCAAAUGGAGACAUUGAACAUCAUUGCCGGGGGCACGGAGACAACGGCACGGGCCCUGGCGGUGGGGGUGUUCCACUUGGCAAAUAAGCCGUCCCUGCUGCUCCAACUGCGCGACGAGCUUCGGACUGUGAUGCCGUUUCCUGACAGCACGGCUUCCUGGACACAAUUGGAACAGUUGCCAUUCUUGGCCGGCGUUGUCAAUGAAAGCCUUCGGCUCUCCUUUGGCUUCAUCAUUCGAUCUGCACGCGUUUACCCCAACGAUCCUCUGGUGUACGAAGACCUUGUUAUCCCCCCCGGCACUCCGAUCAGUCAAAGCGCCUAUUUCGUAUGCAUGGACCCCUCGAUCUUCCCGCAUCCCGAGGAUUUCAACCCGGAUCGCUGGGUGCAGGCCGCCUGCGAGGGGCACAACUUGCAUCGGUAUAUGAUUGUCUUUAGCAAAGGCAGUCGACAUUGCCUCGGCAUCAACUUCGCUCUAGCAGAAAUCUAUCUAGCCAUCGCCACCGUCGCGAGACGCUUCGACCUGGUCCCCUACCAGACGACAGUCGAGCAGUUGCAGAUGAAGCGCGAUCUCGGCUUCGCUGCACCGGAAAAGGGACCCUUCACUGUCCAGGCCAAGGUGACUGGAUUGGCGGAUUAA